AGACUCGUAGAAUGUCUGACCUGUGCCUCUGACGAUGUGCCAGUCGUACGUUCUGCAAAGCUGGCUUGCGGUCAUCGGAUGUGUCACGACUGCCUCAAAAGAGUGUUCGAGAUGUCUGUGAAAGACCCCGCACACAUGCCUCCCAGAUGCUGUACUAAUGACCAUAUACCUCUAAAGCACGUCGACAACCUGUUUGAUCUCAAAUUCAAAAUGCUGUGGAAUCGCAAGUACCAGGAGUACCACACCAAGAACAGGAUCUACUGUACGAACUCCAAAUGCGGAGAAUGGAUCAAGCCGAAACACUUCCACACGUCAUCGGGGCGCAAGUACGCACAGUGUCCUCGCUGUGCGACCAAAGUGUGUACGCUCUGUAAUGGAAAGAUGCACAAGUCCAGGGACUGCCCAAAGGAUCCCGAAAUAGCUCAACUCCUUGAGCAGGCGAAAGAGAAAGGAUGGCAGUCUUGCUACAGCUGUCAUGCCCUGGUCGAGCUUAAGGAAGGUUGCAACCAUAUUACGUGCCGCUGUACUGCAGAGUUCUGUUUUCUAUGUGGUUCAAAGUGGAAGACGUGC